GGUUUAUAAGUUUUUACUAUGAGUGACGAUUAUGACUAUUUAUUUAAGGUUGUAUUAAUUGGUGAUUCGGGUGUUGGUAAAACGAAUCUCUUGGGACGAUUUACACGUAACGAGUUCAAUCUUGAGUCAAAGAGUACUAUUGGUGUAGAGUUUGCUACACGUAGUAUUCAAGUCGACAACAAAGUCAUCAAGGCUCAAAUUUGGGAUACAGCCGGACAAGAAAGAUAUAGAGCGAUUACAAGUGCAUACUAUCGUGGAGCUGUAGGAGCCUUACUUUGUUAUGACAUUUCCAAACACUCUACUUUUGAAAGCGUCAGUCGCUGGUUAAAGGAGUUACGUGAUCAUGCCGAUUCGAAUAUUGUGAUUAUGCUUGUUGGUAACAAGAGCGAUCUUAGACAUUUACGUGCUGUUCCGACUGAAGAAGCAAAACAGUUUGCAUCCGAAAAUGGAUUAUCAUUUAUUGAAACUUCAGCAUUGGAUGCAACUAAUGUUGAAUUGUCAUUCCAAAGAAUUUUAACAGAGAUCUACCGUAUUGUGUCUAACAAAGCGUUGGAGACAUCGAAUAAUGCUAUUAAACCAACCGGAGGACAAACCAUCCUCGUGUCUCAGUCCCCCGAUGAAUCAAAGCCCAGUGGUGGCUGUUGUUAAAAUAUAUGAAUAUCCCUUAUGUGUGUCUCUAUGGUAAUAAAGUAUAUAUGCAUGUAUGAAAUUAUAGAGUGUUUCUCAUGUCUUGUUUGACAUAUGUUUCAUCUUGAUUUGCUUUGUUGAAAGCAGAUAGUGAAAAUAGUACUUUCAUAUCUCCCAUUAUCCCUCGCAGUAUUAAAGCUGUUUGUUUAUUUAAAUAAAAACUAUAGUAAAAGCACAUUCGUAUUUAUAAAAGUUAAAUAAACCGAUG